AGCGUAGGGUCUGUGGUUUGCUAAGAGUAGGACCAGUCGGCCGAAAAAAAGGUACUGGGGAAAAGGAAGCGAUGUUGCAGCGUGACAGUCUCGUUGGAGUAAAGUCCUGCUGUGGCGAAUGGUUGAUUGAGGCAGCUGGUUUUUAAGAAUGGAUUAUUUUGUGGCUUGCACAUUUCUCUUUACACUGAUAUUACCAAGAGGUAUGACUACUGACACAGAGAAGAAAACCUCAGAUUCGGGAUUGGAAAUCUAUAAGAAAUUGUUUGAAGUAAAGCGCAAAGACCAAAUGAAUGCACUGAAGAACCUGAUUGAACUCAAUGAUGUCAACCAGCAGUACAAGAUUAUAGACAUCAUGCUCAAGGGUCUUUUCAAAGUUCUUGAAGAUUCACGAGCAGUACUCAUAGCAGCAGAUGUUUCACCAGAUGGGCCAUUUUCUCAUGAUGAGAAGAUCAAGGAUGCCUAUUCCCAUGUGGUGGAGAAUACUGCUUUUUUUGGGGAUGUAGUCCUACGUUUUCCCAAAAUAGUGCAUCACUACUUUGAUCGCAAUUCCAAUUGGAACAACCUUAUUCGCUGGGGGAUCAGCUUCUGCAACCAGACAGGCGUAUUUGAUCAAGGUCCCCACUCACAAGUAUUAGGAUUGAUGGCUCAAGAGCUAGGAAUUAGUGAGAGAUCUCCAGACUACCAGAAUCCCUUUAAAGCAGACAAUUCUGAAUUUUUCCCUGGUGCUAACACAUUCCAGAAGGCUCUUCGGGAGGAAGAGAAGCGAAGAAAGAAAGAGGAGAAACGAAAGGAAAUUCGCAAGGGGCCUCGCAUCUCACGUUCACAGUCUGAGUUGUAAUUCUAAUGUCAUUUGCCCUAUUACUGAAACUUUGGGAGUUAAAACAACUGAAGAGGAAUGCCCCUUUGUGACCUCAGGAAAAUGACAAGCUGUUGAAAGGGCAGGGCUUAGAAGUGAUGUUCUUUCAACAGGACAUUGGCAUCUACUAAAUAUCUAGAUAGAGACCACGAGGUUUCAGUGCAUAUUUCCUUAUGGGAAGAAAGACUUUUCCAAGUAUCUGGAAUGUAUAGAAUAUGUCAGGGACUGUUCUUCAUGUGUAUUUUUUAUCUCUCGUGGCUUUGCCAGUUUGUAAUGCUUUUAGGAAAAUGGGGCAAGAAGAGAGGGAAUUCUGUGGUAUAUGCCAUGUCUGCCAUUUAUGACAUGUAAUACUAUGUAUCAUUAUGCAAUCAGAAAAGUAAUAUAUUAUUGCUGCAAACUGCUGCUGAUUUUGUUCCUAGGCAGCAAACAAUUUCUUCGAGAAAGUUUUAAAUUCUGUUAGAGAUGCACAAACUUGGAAAUAUUAGAGAUAAAGUACUCUUUGAACACUUAUUCUUUAAAUUGUAUGAAAUGUGACUGGGAGCUGGGAUACAUCAACAUAUAUGGUUCCUUAAAAUGUCAUCAUAAUAAUUCAGAGCCCCUGUAGUAAUAUUAAGUUUUAUCUGGUUGUCAAGCUUUUUUCAUUUCUUAAGGCUGUUAAAGUAUUUUCUCCCAAAAGGGAAGAAAAGCUUUUGGUUGAGAAGACAGUCAAUAAUACCUUUACUCGAACAAGAGAAUAAAGUACCAAGGUAAAGUG